AUGCCCUGCCCUAAUACAGCUGAAGCCAACCACGUAUCAAGCACACAUGCAUCCAUUGUCAAAGAGACAGGUGACAAGGAAACCUUCCUCAGGGAUAUCAUGGACAAAGACGUCUCCUCCGAUGACUUGAUGGAUGAUGAGUACUACAUGUUUGCCGGAGAAUGUUCCGCAGACAUGGACAUUGACGGACCAGCGGAUGCAGCUCCGACAAGCAAUGGCAUCGACCCAUUCGACUUCGUCUACUCAAAUAUCCCAGACAGCACCCAUAUCUUGGAACACGGUGCGAACUGCGAUCACUGCAAGGCCAAGAAGUUUGAGUAUGAGAGCAAAGGAUUUUGUUGUCGGAAUGGGCAGAUAGAGCUUGCAGACCCAGAUCUAGAGCCCAUCCCGGAGCUUAUGAGGCUAUGGUCUAGUGCUGAUGCGGACUCACGUCAUUUUCAAGAUAGCAUUAGGUUCUUCAACGGUCACUUCUUCUUCACAACCCUCGUCGUCAGCCUUGACGACAACUACACAAACAUGAGGUCUGGGGUGUACAAGUUUCGGGCGCACGGAACAAUAUACCAUAAUGUGCAUUCUUUCGGGGCUGGUUCAAAACCCGAACAUCUACAGCUCUACUUCUAUGACGACGAUCCCAGUCUAAGCCAUCGCAGUGAGACUACCAAGAACCUGGACCAAGAUGUCGUCAAAAAGGUGGCAAACAUCAUGAGAGGUAACCCCUACUCCACGACGUUUAGGAAUCUAGGCACCCAUGCGGGCAGCCUCGCGAAGUACCGCAUCGACCUGAAAACCGACAAGAAGCUGGAUCAACGGACAUACAACACUCCUAUUGCAUCAGAAGUGGCGGCUAUCUGGGUGGAGGGCACCGACCUGGCGAGGAGGUUCAAACGCAGCAUCACUCUGUACGGAGACAACGAUGAAAGAUACAGCAUACAGGCUACACAUGGCUGCUAUGACCCGCUCUCAUACCCCCUCUUCUUCCCAAAGGGGCAGCUCGGGUGGCAUCCCAACAUCCCGAAACGAGGUGUGCUUUGGGAGUUAGCACAACGGUCAAGGGACGACGACGAUUCAGGGACUACUACUGCUAUAGGUUACAGACGCGUCCUGCGAUAUUCAACCCGAUACUACACGGAGCCACAGAUUCGAGCUGACCUAUACAAAGGCGUCGUUGAUAGCAUCGCGGCAGGGGAGACUCGAGCGAGUGAGGUUGGUAAAAGGACAGUGCUCCCAUGGUCAUUCCAAGGAGGGGAUAGAUGUAUGAAGAGAAGGCACAUGGACGCAAUGGGCUUGGUGCAGAAGUACGGCAAGCCGGACAUCUUCCUAAUGAUGACCUGCAACCCCAAUUGGGAUGAGAUUGUCAACGAGCUGUUCCCCAGCCAGACACCUCAGUACCGACCGGACCUCUUCGUACGGGUAUUCAGAGCUAAGCUUGAAGCCAUGAAAGACAUGCUUUUCAAAGAACACAUACUCGGCGUUGUCAUAGCAUAUGUUUACAUGGUCGAGUUCCAGAAGAGAGGCCUCCCACAUGCCCACUUCUUGCUUAUCAUGGAUUCUAAAUACAAGCUCAAGGUGCCGGAGCAAUAUGACCGCCUAAUCUCAGCCGAGCUCCCAGAAAAGCACAAGUACCCGGACCUUUAUGCCAUGGUCGUCAAGCAAUGCACGGCCCGUGUGGUGUUCUUAAGUCAAAUAACGUAUGCAUGA